AUGACAAGGAUGAUGAUGAUGCAUGGGCAAGAAAAAAGAGACCAUGCUCCUGUGGAGAUGUCCUACACCUUAGAGAACAGAAAGUGGCAGGCUGCUAAUAAAAAAUGCAUGGCAUUUAUAAAGAACAUAAUUGAGAACGCCAUCGUGGGCUCAAUUGCGGAGUGUGCUUCCGUUGGGGAGUACUUAGAAAAGAUAAAGAGCCAAUUUACUAGUUCUUCAAAGACAUAUGCAACCCAACUGUUGAAGCAGCUGACAGAAAAAUACAGUGGAGGUGCACAUGGCAUUAGGGAGCACAUCCUCAGGAUGAGCAACCUGGCUGCAAAGCUGAAGCCCAUGGAUGCUAACCUGGAGCUGAAGCCUGCAAUUCUGGUUCACUUGGUCAUGUCUUCAUUACCAUCACAGUUUGACAACUUUGUUAUCAAUUACAACAUGAACCCUGAGAAAUGGGACAUUGAAAAGACCAUUGCCAUGUAUGUGCAAGAGGAAGACAUACUCAAGGCAUAG